AUGAAAUUCAUUGCACUAUUUACAGCUUUUAGCCACGCUACCGUUACGGCCUUGUAUGUAGGCAGCCAGGGCUCCUCUUCACCUGACGCAGCAGGGCGGAACCUCCUCGAUGAAGCUGCCACACUCAAGAAACGAGCGAUAAACGAAUGUGGCUAUCAGCGACAAGAGGUCAGCAGCAACCUUGAGUCUUGCGGCGCGAAAGCGACUAAAGCCGCAGACGUCAUCUCAAAAGGCCUGACAGGCAGGGAUAAGGAGCUCUUUGAUCAGUACUUUGGCGGCAACGACCCCAGCACGGUGGCGGAGAACUUUAGAAAGAUUGCUGCAGGCUGCAGCCAGUCAAACGAGGUCACUAUCGAGUGCCGCCCGAAUGAGGAAUGCACCCUUCAGGACAGGCCGGGGCAGACGUUUUUCGCCACAGCAAGUAAAAACAGGCUUGGCGAUGGAGCUUUCAAAUCGAUACGUCUCUGCCGCGGGGCCUUUAGCAUGGGAAGAGGCGGCGGGUGCAGAGAAAAACUAUCAAGCCUGGCCGACUUGUUGGUACAUGAGAUGUCCCAUGCGACGUUAGCGACAGAGGAUAUUGCAUAUGACAAAUCUGCGACUACAAGCCUUGGCCCGCAACAAGCUCUACAAAAUGCUGAUAGCUAUGGGCUCUUUUCCCAAGAUUAUUCGAACGGAUGCAGCUCGACCGGGCGUUCAGGCAACCCUUCGGGUUCGGGUUCGCAGUCUCAACCCGGCAGCAAUCUCAGAGGCCCGGGUUCGCAGCCUCUGCCCAACGGCAAUCUUGGAGGCCCGGGUUCGCAGCCUCCGCCCGACGGCAAUCUCUUAGGCCCAGGUUCCCAGUCUCAACCCGGCAGCAAUCUCGGAGGCCCGGGUUUGCAGCCUCUGCCCAACGGCAAUCUCGGAGGCCCGGGUUUGCAGCCUCCGCCCGACGGCAAUCUCUUAGGCCCGGGUUUCCAGCCUCAACCUGUCCAGCCUUCGCCCGACGGCGAUCUUGGAGGCCUAGACCUCCAGAUUUUGGGGCUCGACCCGGCGGAAAUUUCAGAGGCCCAGGUGUACACAUUGGCUUAG